AUGAAUAAGGGGAACUUGUUCAAGGACGAGACGGAGAAGGCCAUCGUCCACUUCAUCGUGUACCUCAUAGGCAUUCUGCUCGUACUGUGCGUGUACUACAACUACAUAAUCCUCAAGUACUAUUUUUACUCCCUGUUUUGGGCCUUCAUCGUGUCGAUCCCGCUGCAGCAUGUGAAGGUGAAGCUGUCGGAGACAAAGAGGAGGGCUGCCUCCAUCACCCAGGGAAGCACCUCCAGUAAAUGCAAAAGGAAGUUACACAGAUUUGCGAAGAACGUGAAAAAGGAGCUGGACAUUUAUCUGUACAUGCUCCUUCUCCUAAUUAAGCCCAUUUACAAUAGAGGGGAGAAGGGGGGGAAAAAGGAAAACCCAACGAACCACUUGGAGACGUACGAGCAGAGGAAUGCCAGCGAAAUUUACUUCCUCGUCUUGCACAGAUUGAUCCUUUUUUACAUUUUAAGGGAAUUCUUUUUCAAAUAUAAAGAGUUUUUACUAACCAUUGGGGGAUUUAUUUUUUUUUUUUUUUUUUUUUAUAAAGUUAUAAAAGCUAUAUGGAUUGGCUAUUUUUAUCCCCUGAGCAGGAAGUACUACGCGAAAUGGUGCCGCCAGUUUUCUUUCGAUUACGCCUACUUCUGCCGGCACUACAUGAAUGACCUCUUGACUGUGCUCAUCAUCAUCUUCGCCAUCAUCAUUUUCUCGGCCAUCUCCAUUCUGUUCAUCGUUAAUAUUUACGGCGAGUCGCUCUACAUCAUACACUCGAUCAACGGGUACCUCUCCGCCAACUUCCGCAACACCGCCCUCUUCAAGAACUUUCGAAAAUUCUACCGCAAGCCGGGGAAGAGCGACAUCGAGGACCUGUACGAGCUGGUGAGCCUGAACAAGGUCCCCUUCCUGAGCAACAAAACUCUGGCGUCCAUUUCGGGCCACCUCAAGAGAGCAUUCGACAUAUAUCAGCACGUGUACGCACACACCUUUCUGAAGAACGGGGCGAGACAGAUAAGUGCCUGCUGUUUGCCGCUACUCCUGGGCAGACUUGCCCUCCUCGUGGCAGGGCCAGACUUGACUAGCAUCAAGAGGUAUUAUACUCUUCAUUUCUUGGAACAGAAAAAGGAUCAAAAAAUUGGUUUGCCUAGAUAUGGGGAGGAGUGCUCCGUGGAGGCUUGCCUCAAUGAGGUGGACGAUUCUCGCGCGUCCUUCAGCUUCAAAAGGUUGUUGCGCUCCCUAUCACAGUACAUUUUUUUAUUUUCCAAUCGGGCGAGGGAUAGCACAGAUGAGGAGAUCUCCACGUCUGUUUACUACUCGGGGGAUGGGAGAGGAAGCGGUGCUGCCAGACGCGUCGUUUUUAAGACCAUUUUUGGGAGCUCCCCGGGGGGGAGUUCCGAAGCUUAUCAGCGGUGCAGCGCGCAAUGGGGGGAACACUGCCUGGGGGGUGGGCGGAGCGACGAAGGAAGCGAGCAGCACAUCGUUCAAUCGGGCGGAUGGAUCGGCGAAGGAGGCGGGCGGCACACCGCUCAACCGGACGGACGGAGCCGCGAACGAAGCGGGCAAGGGGCAACCCACCUGUACGACCCCCAGAAGGAAAAAAACUUCAAGUUUAAGGAAUUCGUUGGCUACCUGAACAGCCUGUUCUCCUCCAUAAAAAGGAUAGAAGACGUGGGAAAGCUCACAAAGCACCUAAUAUUUAACAACAGCUACGGACUCAUAAAAAUAAUGUUUUUUUUUCUCUUCAUUUUUUUUAAUUUCUUUAUGUACACAUUUGAUGCGAUAGUACAAGGGAUCAUCUUCUUCACCGCUCUGUAUUAUUUAAUUUCGUCUAGGAAAUCUGCCCUGAGUUAUGUAAAUGACAUUUUGCUGGUGGUGGAUCCCUCGAGCAUCUUCUUCUACAACGUCACGAUGAAUUUGAAGGCCAUCAUUACGUGCACUUUGAAGAGGGUGUAUUUCUACACGCUAUACAUUUGGCUAGUUUUUUCCUUUUUUGAGUUUCCAAUAAUUUAUGUGCCAACAUUAGGGUGCAUUAUCCUGUCGCUCAUUCCGAUCAUAUCCCCCGAAAUUAUAAUCCUUGUGAUUGUCGUUCACCUUUGGGUUAUUCAGAAGAGGAAGGUCGUUUCCACAGUGCUCUUUGCCAUUAAUUUUUUCGUUUAUUUGUACUUUACCACGAGCAUAUACACAGAGAUUCCCCACACGCAUGCGUGGCUGGUCUCCUUGUCGCUCUUCUUAUCUAUCAGCACCUUCGGAUCCAAGGGCCUCAUUUUGGGUCCCCUCAUCGGCUCCAUCCCCCUGAUUUUGCACCAGAUUGCCAUCCACAAGAAUAGGUCCGCCCAGGGGAAGAAGCGCAAGCGGAGGGGCCGCCCGGGGGGAACUGCGCCGGGUACACGCAGCGAACGGGGGUUGAGCAGCUCGAAAGAAGCGCAAUACGCGCAAUAUGUGGAAGAAGCGCAAUACGCGCAAUAUGUGGAAGAAGCGCAAUACGCGCAAUAUGUGGAAGAAGCGCACGGAGGGCUGGACGCACCCGGCGGGGAGAUGCCCACCCCAAGUGUGUGCCAAAUGGAGCGCCGCAAAACGCAGUGCCGCCAUAUGAAGAUCUCCGGGGAAGAACCUACCGGAGCUGCAGAGGUGCCGCCGCAAAUCGCCCAGGAAGUCCCCCCCAAUGGAACCCCCCAAACGGAACGAAGGAAAACCCUCUUGUGGAAAAACAAACUGAGCAGCCUCUACAAGAUCAUCGAAAUUAACCAGCGUUACAUCGACUCGUAUGAAAGGCACGAGCGCAGAAACAGCUGCAGCCAGUGCAUGCAGAAUUUCACUCAACAGGGGUCCCUAACUGAGGAGCAGCAUGGACCCUACCAGGACCUCCUACACUCAGAGGAGAACAAACUCGCCCUCUACAUUUACAAGCGAGAUAGAGGCAGCAAAUGGGAAAGAAAAACCAACCACAGUUACCUUCCCAAGAGGGAAAGCAAGGGUCGCUUUAAGCAUCACGUUGCUUGCAAAAGGUAUAAACGAUUGGGCAGUCUCUGCGAUAACAUCCAGAACAACUUAAGUUUUUUUUUCAAGUACUUAACGAGUGACUCCUAA